AGAAAAGACGGACAGUGUCUUCACAGAAGUUGACAAGUGGCUCACAAAAAAGCGAGAUUCAGGAGACGACUUUAACCCAAAUUACACAUCGGAACUCCUUGACCUUCUAUUCGACAAAAUUGCAGAAGACCCAUCUGAUAGCUUUGAUUAUACACCAGAAUAUAGUGUAGAAAUGGCUCUUACAGUCUGCGGCUAUGGACAGAAGGUAUUUGAAGAAAUGAACAAAACGUUCCGUAAAAGGCAUGAUCCACUUGUUUACAUUGAAACAGAAUGAAAGGAAGAAUGUUGGAAGCAGUUUAAAGAUAACUACAAUGACAUUGAAAGGGAGAAGACCGCUGCUGAAACACUCUGCUCACAUCUUAAAAAAGCAGUUCAAACGGAAGUUCUUCUGAAAUUGGAAAGUGCUGUUUGUGAAAAUAUGCGAAAUGAAUUAACCUGGCUCAAAAGUAAGAAAAGGUUAAGGGCAAAGGUUCUCCAUGAUAUUGGAGAAAAGCUUGAGCAUGAUCGCGUUCUGAGAGAACCAUGCGAAUUUGAUCCAUGUGCUCUUUACCUUAAAAAUCCGUCACAAAGUCUUGAGUACUGGCUUGCUAGAUACACAGAUGAAUACUGCAAUAAAGGUACUCCUACAGUUGUGUCUAAUAUUGCCACAGAGAAAUUGUUGCUUAUAUUGAAUGAAGUAAGGACGGGUGCAGGUAAAGUCACGAAGUUGCUUGCGAGCACACCUCACCCAGUUCAAAAAUCACCUCAGGUGACACAGGGCCAGUGUUACAUCAUUGAUUGGUUAGAUCAAUUCCACAAUGAGUUGAGGGGAAAACUAACAAUGGAUCUAACAAAACUACGUACAAUGCUUGGAAAUGAUCCGAUACUGAAAAGUGUCACAUUUUUCGGAGAUGAAGUAGUCAAAGGGCUUCAGAAACUGCAUGAGCAAUUAAAAGAUGAAUUCAGCUAUCUAUCUGCAGAUGUAUGGAUUCGUCACAAGUUGGCAAAAAAACCAUAUGACACUCUAUUUGAGGAGUUAGUUGGAUGUACCGAGUUGUGUCCAUUCUGCAAACAGCAAUGUGACCACACAAAUGCCAAACACCCAGUCUCGGUUCUGCAUACCGUAAAACACCACCCAGGAUGCCUUGGAGGAUUUCGUCACGUACCUGACCAAAGAAUGUGGCUGGAUGUUUGCACUUUCUCAGUUGCCACAAAUCACCGGUUUAGAAACAAAGAUACCAACAAUGAAUUUUACCACUUUAGUGGGUACAAACAUUUUUACCCAAAUUGGGAUAUUCCUGGGGAAAAAUCUCUUCCGGCAUCAGAAUUUAGGAUAUGGUUGGUUGGCAAAUUCUCAAAGGAGAUUGAAGCCUGCUUUGGCCUCAGUGAUACUAAAAUUUACGACGACUGGCAAGCGAGGACGUGGCCCCCUGUUAAACAAGCAUUAAAGAAAGAAUACAAAGAAAGUUGAGAGAACUGCGAUAACUUUAUAUACAAUAUUAUAAACAGUAGAAUUGAAUAAUGUAUAUAGCAACUAGGUAAAUAUCACACUAUAGUGUUGUUAAACUAAAUUUGUUUCCCCCCUCCUUUAUGUCGACUGUAGGCAUAUGUAUAUCGCUUGAAUAGCAUAAAGACGGUAAAUUAUGGCAUGUAUGGCUGGAGCAUUGUCAGUCUGUAGAUAGUAAUGUUCGUAUAAAGUUGUGUAUACUU